CAAAAAAAUCAGGUUAUCCAUGGGGAAUUAAGGGAGAGAGCGGGGGGCAGCCAGCCCGCGAGGACCCACCGAGCUCUGCCUGCUGCAGGGCACCCUGACAUCGGGGCAGCGGGUACCCGGCUUGGCCUUUCGGGGCUCCUCUUUCUCCCCCCAUCGCCCACCGCCCGCCCCCAGGGUGCGCGCGCCAUUCCCCACGGAGAGCUGGAAGAGCCUGGGGACCUAGAGGAGCUCGAGGCAUUAGAGGAGGAAGACGAGGCCAUGGGGAGCGGGGCCAGUGCGGAGGACAAGGAGAUGGCCAAGAGGUCCAAGGAGCUGGAGAAGAAGCUCCAGGAGGAUGCGGAUAAGGAGGCCAAGACAGUCAAGUUGCUCUUGCUUGGGGCUGGAGAGUCGGGCAAGAGCACCAUCGUGAAGCAGAUGAAGAUCAUCCACCAGGAUGGCUACACGCCUGAGGAGUGUAUGGAGUUCAAGGCCAUCAUCUACGGCAACAUCCUGCAGUCCAUCCUGGCCAUCAUCCGCGCCAUGUCCACGCUGGGCAUCGACUACGCCGAGUCGUCCUGCGCGGACGAGGGCCGACAGCUCUUCAACCUGGCCGACUCCAUCGAGGAGGGCACCAUGCCCCCCGAGCUGGUCAACUGCAUCCAGAAGCUGUGGAAGGACGGGGGGGUGCAGGCUUGCUUCGAACGAGCUGCCGAGUACCAGCUCAAUGACUCGGCUGCAUAUUACCUGAACCAGCUGGACAGGAUCACGGCCCCCGGCUACCUCCCCAACGAGCAGGAUGUGCUGCGAUCCCGAGUGAAGACCACGGGCAUCAUCGAGACCAAGUUCUCUGUCAAAGAUCUGAACUUCAGGAUGUUUGACGUGGGAGGGCAGAGAUCGGAGCGCAAGAAGUGGAUCCACUGCUUCGAGGGGGUGACCUGCAUCAUCUUCUGUGGGGCGCUGAGCGCCUACGACAUGGUGCUGGUGGAGGACGACGAAGUGAACCGCAUGCAUGAAUCCCUGCACCUAUUCAACAGUAUAUGCAACCACAAGUUCUUUGCCGCCACAUCCAUCAUCCUCUUCCUCAACAAGAAGGACCUUUUUGAGGAAAAGAUCAAGAAAGUCCAUCUCAGCAUUUGCUUCCCAGAUUACGAUGGUCCCAACACGUUUGAAGAUGCGGGAAAUUACAUCAAGACCCAGUUCCUUGAUCUCAACAUGCGAAAGGACGUGAAGGAGAUCUACAGCCACAUGACCUGUGCCACAGACACGCAGAACGUCAAAUUCGUCUUUGACGCCGUCACGGAUGUCAUCAUCAAAGAGAACCUCAAGGACUGCGGCCUCUUCUGAGCAUCUGGGUGGCAGAAGAGGAAAGGACUUCAAUUUCACAUCGCCGUUCUGCUGAGCAGAGCCAAAAGAAUUAACAAAAAAAGUUACUUGGACCCCACUUUUUCUACAACCUGCCCAACCGAGCCACCUACUUUCAAGCCCAAAAUAGGAAGGGGCUGAAGCUGAACUUCCUGCUCCCUUUCGUGGCCAUUUCCUCUUUUUUUUUUUUUAAAAGAAAGAAAACCUUGCUCUCUGCAGCGUGUGAAAGGCAGCGUUUAUAAAUGAGAUCUGGAGUGGUUUGACAUCAAAGAGCACGUGGUCCCCGGUACACCAGCCAGAAAAAUUAAUAUUAAGCCAUCGUACUUCCACCCUGCUGCAGCCCAGCAGUAUAGCGUGCUCAGGGAGAGCCAGCAGCAUCACUUCUGCAGGAGGCAGGGACAGGGCAUUCCUCCCCUGCCCGUCCCUCUGCAGCUGUUUUUUUCCCUUUUAUCAAAGCUGAAUUAAUCAAACCAGGAGUUUCUGGGGAAGGUGGAGGCUGGGUUACCUAUGAGUCACUCCUCAGAACCAACCACAGUCCUUUGGCAGGAGAAAGCAGGGGAUUUUUUUUGUGCCCUAAGACUUGAGUGAAUUUCUCUCCAGAGCACUGGUCAGGUUGUAGCUGAUGGUGGGCAAGCAAAGGCAGGAGCAGGCAGGAGCACAUGCAUUAGGGUCUGGGGGAGGCAAUCAUGCCUACAGCAGAGGAUUGGGCAAGAUAAAGAGGAAAUGGUUACUUGAAAGAUUUUCAUUCUGCUAUUUAGAGCUGUAUUUGCUCUUUACUGUUUGUAAAUAAAUCUACGCUGGUACUGUAGCCAAGUCCUGUAUCCUCUCACUGUUUACUGCAGAGAUCACAUAUACAGCUUCAUUUAACUGUAGGAAAAACAAAAUAAAGAAAUACGCAUGA